AUGAAUCACAUAGAGGGUGAUAAUGAACUUCCGGGGUACACACCUCAAGCCGGUAGCAGCGUAGCUCCACUAGACGCCUUAACCCCCGGUUCUGAACACACCAUAUCGCUUGAAGACAGCAAGGGACACAAAUGGCUUCUCCUUUCGGUGAAAAGUCGUGCUCCUUCCCCGGAGUCUUGGCCAGUAUUUCGUGCUGGCGAUCUCAUCUCGGGGAGCGUGACUCUGGACAUUUUGAAGUCAGAAUCAUCCAAGGCUAUUAUAGUAACAGUGACAGCUGCGACUACUUCAAUUGGACAGGAAGGGCAAAGUUUUCUUGUUAUCGAGAAGGAGUUGUGGACUCCAGCGAUGGCCCUUCCUGAUGGAUCCAUGGCGUCCAAACUCGAGAAAGGCCAUUACACAUGGCCUUUCGAAAUAGCACUUCCAGACGAGACGGAAGUUUUGGACCGUAAAGAGAAGAAGAGAUUCCCCCUUCCGCCUUCAUUCACAGAGCGAGCCAGUCCCGCUUACAUCAACUACAGGAUUACUGUCAUCAUUAAGCGGGGCGCACUGAGAGUGAAUCAAACUUUAACCACGGAUUUUGCAUAUGUCCCGAAUACGAAACCGGAACUUCCAUCUGCUAUGUUACAGAAAGCAUAUAAAGAAAACAUUCCAUUCGUUGGUCCUGAAGGUGAUCCGGAGGGGUGGUACAUCCUUCCAUCAGUCACUAUUACAGGCACUCUUUUUGGUGCCAAGAGAGGGAAUGUCGAUUUUAACCUAGCACUAGCCAAACCACUCAGUUAUGCUCGUGGUUCUGCAAUGCCACUAUGGCUAACUUUUACAGGCUCAGACGAGCAAGCUCUCGAUUUACUCGCCAAUCACCAAGCCAUCCGUGUUUUCCUGAAGCGAUCAUUAGCUACAGGCUCGGACGCAACAAGUGAUCAUGCUGGGAAGCAUACAGACAACUUCUUCGUUCAAACAAUAGCACGUGCUGUUUUCUGGCCAGCUAGGGACGCCAGUACUACGGGGAAGCGGAUUCUCCAAGGUGAAGUGAACUUAAAGAAGGCAUUCAAACAGAGUGUUGUUUUCCCCCGAUUUUCUGUGAGGUACCAUCUAGAAGUUCAUCCUUUCGAAGCAGCUGGCUUCGUACAUGCACCGCAUGUCUCCGGCCCACUACUGACACAACCAGUUAAUGUGACAUCUUUCCACGCCACUGGCAUUGUAAUGCGCUCCUUUGCACCACCCAACUAUGCAGAGGAAGUUGAGAAUUUGGACAACUCUGUUGGUUUGCUAGAGAAUGGAAACCAGCGCUUCUACCAUCACGGAGGGUACGGAAUCUCCUGA